UCCAGUGACAGCGGAGGUGGUUCUCUUAUGGUUAAGGCAGCUGGUUGGUGCAGUUGGCAACAUGGCCCUACGUACAGAGGUUCCCAGUUGGCUCCCACUACUCCUCUUAUACUUAACACUGGUGGUGGGACAAUACAGCCCUACUCCCUGCACCGACGAGGUCUUUGAUCAAUACACCGGAGUGACAGUGGAUGUGGUGGCCAAGGGCGAGGUACGGGCACUUUCUUGCCAAAUUUCUUCCCAGCCUUUUCUGAACUCGAGCUCCGACAGAGUGCGUCUUAGCUACUGCAUCAACGGUGAAUGGGACCAACAGAAUGUCUUUUGCACCGUCCAGGGCAGCCCUAACAUUGUCUUCCCCACAACCUGUAAUCCAGCCCCACCACAGCCUACAGGGACGUCAUUAACACUGGAUAUGACUACCAAACCAUUGGCACAGGUGUAUGAGUGCGAACAGGGUAAAGCCUGGCUCUCUCGGCACGGUUAUCGACUCACGCAGUGUGUAGGAUCCACAUGGACCCCAAUAAUGGAUGCCUGUGAAGACGACUGUGGACUGCCUCGGGACUGCAGCCAUCCUACCAUACGCGCUCUCAACACUACCGGAGAGUUCAUGGUGGUGCCCUCCGGAUUCUACAAGAGACAUGCUGUUAAGGUACACUGCGAGGUGAACACUGCUGACGUGGAAUGGGCUGAGGGAGGCUGGACCACUAUCUCGAUGCAGAAGACUUCCUGGAUCACCGUAGAACCAACUUAUGAUAACGGCUACUUCAUAGGAAUCCAGAACUUGACGGAGAUGAAUAGAGAGGUGACCGGGGAUCCGCGUCCUCUUGUCCUGCAGGUGUUGCUGAGGGGAUCUAACGGCAAAACUUACCACGCCACUUACGACAAUUUAGUGCUGGACGAGAGCCACCGGGUCGUGGAGUUAGGUACCUACCACGGUGACGCAGGUGACUCCCUCCAGUACAACAUCAACGAGACCUUCUCAGUGGUCGACCAGUGGUGGAUAUCGACAAACAUAAACGCAUCCAAAAUUGGCAACGGCAUAACAGAAUGGCCUUCGUUACUUGAACCCGUGUCAGCUGCUAGGGUGAGGAUAAGACCACAGGUGUUUGAUAGAGCAACUUCGUGUCCACCUUUCGGGAUUAUGGAACCCUCAUGGCUUGUAAAGGACCCAGCGUUCCUACUUCCGUCAGGAGCCACCAUCCAGAGGUCGAGGACAGAGAACGCGACGGUGUCCCUGAGCCGUGGCUUGCGCUCCCUCAUCACCUACCAGUGCUGGUGGUUCUACUCGGAGGGUGUGCAGGGAGGUGCUAGGACACGAAGGGGCGCUGUGCACUGUAGAAAUGAUAAUGGACUUUUGAAUUGGGAUAAACCUAAUCUGCACCUUCCAUGCUCUCGUGAGUACCACUGUUCUAUUGCCAGUCUGGAUCACCUGAAGAUUAGGCAUCACAGCUUAUCUCACUUGAGGAUUAAACAACCUAACCCUACCUGGGGGCUUAUCUUAGCUUAG